AUGCAGAUUCAACUUAUUAAAGCAGGAGUUCUGAUGGAGAGAAAUAGGAAUCUAGGAUAUUCAAAGUUGAAUGAGGAAUGCAGUGUAUAAAUAAAAUAGAUGCACAUUAAUAAAUAGCCAAUGGAGUUUCAUUUAGUUGAAAUGAAGUAGCAAUUUUUCAUCAGGCGAAGACAAGACAAUAAAUAUCUUAUGAAUAAAAAGAAGCAGAAAUAUGAAGUAAAGGAAUCUAAGAGUAGAAAAUUACAAAACACAGAACCCAAAAAUUCAGGCUCAAAAACCAAAGAAAUAAAUAGGGUUGAACAAUUUAUUCAAUGA